AUGUGUGUCAGCUAUGCCACAAGGCGUACUCCACAGCCGGCCAUCUCCGCCGCCACGAGACUACUCAUUCUGGACGAAAGUCUGCCCAGUGUCCUUUUUGCAGCCGGCCGUUCGCCAGAUCGGACGUCGCCCGGAGACAUGCCGUUUCAUGCGCCAGGAAGCAGCAGGCGGACGCCCCUCCGCAAGCCAAGCGUGGUCGGAAGGCCCGAGCCUGCGACCGGUGUACCUUCCUUCGAGUCAUCACUCGCCGCAUUCGCAGCAGUUGAGAACCAUGCGGAUCCAGCCAAUGCUGCCGAGUGGCAAUUUUUCCCGGACGAAGACACAUCCUCCUUUGGAUGGAGCUGUGCUGGCGCUUUGUUUGAUAUCUGGUGCAACUAUGGGGAUGAGGACAACAGUGGCCUCGAUCAGCUGCCGCUAACCUAUAACGCUUCGCCGCAUCUCAGCGCUCGUCUAGAUGAAGCCGUCGACCAACUGGCUAACGUCAGCGGGACAGACUUUGACUACGACUUCGCGAGAUCUGUCUUCACCACAGGCAAUCUUCCCGGCUUUGUGAAUAGCUUCUUCAGCAACUUCCACCAACAAAUGCCCAUCAUGCACCGGCCAACCUUCUCGCUAGAGACGGCACCGAUGGCUCUUCUCGUGGCGAUUUUUGCCGUCGGUUUGGCAAUCAGCUCGGGCACCAAGCAAAGGUCGUCGAAAGCUCGCCGUUUGCUGGGCCUCAUCGAGGAAUACAUCUUCACACAGAACCCUUUCAGGCGUUAUCUGGGCCGGGAUGAUGGCUGCGCGGCGGCGUCAGGCGAGUUUGAAGUCCUGCAGGCGGCUUUCAUCAUAUCCACAAUACAAAGCGGCAUGCACGACAUCGCAACGCGGCGCCGGAUAAGAGUGGAGAGGAACCCCGUCCUGGUCGCCGUCGUGCGCGCAGCGGGAUUGUUGGGGUGGUCUCGGAAGCGGGCUAAGUCCAGCUGGGAGGAAUUCGUAGCGGACGAGUGUCGAAUAAGGCUCGGAAUGUUUACGAUCAUGUACGACAGCCACCUCUGCCUGUUCUACAGCAGCUCUCCACAGGCAUCCGUGGCAGAAAUGACAGGGGACAUGUUGUGCAAUGAGGAGCUGUUUGAGGCCGAGACAGCAAUCGAAUUUGAGAGGAUCAUGAUGCUGGAGCCUCCACGAGAAUGCCUGUCAAUGUGCGAGUUAAUCAAUGGGCUGACACGUGGUGCUCGGGUCGGGGUGCAGGAUGGCUUUCCCACGCUACAUCCACUCCAGCUGCAGGCUGUCAUAUGGGUUAUGGCUGGCGUCGUCCAUACGGCUCGCAUAAGCGUGCUCGCAUCGGCACAGCUGAGCGCCGUGUUUUGCGCAACGGAGAAAUGGAAGGUGCUCUGGGAAGAAGCGACUGCAAGGGCGGAAGCAAAGGGAAUAUUGCUGUCCAAAGUGACGCGGCAUGCGGGCGAGAUCUGCUGGCUGCUGCAGACAAUCGUCCAGGCAACACUGAGGGGCGAUAUCGACUGCUCUUACAUGCGUACCUUUGCGAGAGAUUCUUUGGCUGCUGUGGCCGAGUUUAUUGGGAAACACAAAAAGUUGUAG